AAAAUAAAUAAAUUCUUUCUUUUAUCUAUCUAUCUAUAUAUAUUUUGAUGCGAUGGCUUUGUUGGGUAAGACUUUCGAAUGGCACUUGCUUAAAUAGGUCUAUUCAUGGCAUUACAACCCAAGACUGUAGCUGGUGGAAAUACUUGGGCAGCAAUUUCUAUGAUAGCUCGAUUUUUUGUUGGUCCAUCAGUGAUUGCUAUAACAUCCUUUGUCAUCGGCAUCCGAGGAGUUCUUUUACGUGUUGCCAUUGUUCAAGCUGCUCUUCCUCAAGCUAUCACCUCCUUUGUAUUUGCCAAAGAAUACAAUCUCCAUGCAGAUAUAUUUAGCACAGCGGUUAUCCUUGGAACGGUGGUUUCAUUGCCUGUAACAAUAAUUUACUUCGUGCUUCUCGGACUCUAACUCGUUUGUGAAGGCCAGAGAAGAAGAAUAUAAGUUACACAUUCAGGCCUGCUGACAAAAGCAAAAUUCUUCUACUAAAGUCAUGACUACAAAAUUAUGGACAAUCUUCUUUUCUUAGUUUUUCUUUAGGAUUUAUUUUAUCAAACAACACUUCUUAAGUUCAUGAUUUUAACACUGGUGCUGUUUAACACGGAUCGGUGGAGAUCGUCCAGAAUCCUAUUGUUGGACGGAUUCAAAAAUAUUAUUUAAUUUAUAAUAUAAAAAAUUACAUAAGUAAGUUAUGAAAAAUUUAUAAAGAAAAUAAUUGUUAUAAAUAAUAAAUCAAUAGUCAAUUUUCUCACUAGUUAACCAAAAU